AUGACUGUUUUGCCACCGCAAUUCCACCUAUUGGAACUCAAUAUCAUCUCCGCCCAAGAUUUGCAGCCGGUAUGUCGUCGGAAUAUGCGAACCUACGCGGUGGCUUGGGUCCAUUCGAAGCGGAAACUCUCAACUCGAAUCGACACACAAGGCCACACCGAUCCUACAUGGAACGAUAAGUUCGUUUUUCGGGUUGACGAUGAGUUCCUCGACAGCGAGACCUCCACUUUAAUGAUUGAAAUCUACGCCGUGCAUUGGUUCCGCGACAUCCAUGUAGGGAGCGUUCGAGUCAUUGUUAAGAAUCUUAUCCCGCCGGUUUCUCCUUCACGCGGCGGCCGCCAAGAACUCCCACUAGGGAUGAGUUUCGUGGCGUUUCAGGUCUGGCGACCGUCGGGUCGUCCCCAAGGGAUUUUGAACAUCGGGGUGGCGUUGCUCGAUAAUUCGAUGAGGAGCAUGCCGUUGUAUUUUCAGAUCGGGUCGUCGGCGGUGGGUUACCGGCAUUUGAUGGGGGAAGAAGACGCGUUUCAAAGCUCUAAUAAUCUCAAGAUCCUUUCGAGCACUAAAAGCAAUGCCAAUAACAAUCACCUUUUGCUUCGUGACUCGAUCAAACCCGAAUUUCGACGAACGAAGAGCGAUUCGAGUUCGAUUUUAGGACCCAGGCCUAGACAAUCGAUGAAAGAAUCGUCGAUUGUCAAUGGCGGGCCGAUCGUUAAUGAUUUUGACCUAUGGAAAAACAACUACAAAGUUAAUUUAAGAGGAAAUUCGUUGGUCAAUUAUGUGUUCGAUAAAAGUAACGGGAUAGAGAUGAAAUCAAGUUCGAUUCUUAACGGUUCUAAAAAAAGGCCGAAAAUUUGGACCGAUUCCGAAAUCGGUCCCUCGCCAUCGGAAGUGGCCGCGGCGGUGGCGAGAAACAUGAACCAUAAUAAAAUGGGAGAGCUGGAGAGUUCGGUAGGUGAAGGGUGGAGUUUAGAUGGAAGCAUGGAAGGGCUCGAUUCGAGACUAGAACGGUGGAGAACGGAGCUCCCGCCGGUUUAUGACCGGAGUAAUGAAAUGUCGAGUUUACUUUCCGAUGAGGUUCCGACGCCGACGAGUAAAAGGUCGAGGCAUUCUAGAAAACGGGCUCACAAGAACAAGAAGGGAUUGUUUUCAUGUUUUGGCACCAUUUGUGGAUGUGAGAUUUCCGUUACUUGUGGGCGUGGCCAAAUUUGUUGA